ACCUAAAAGCGUGCCCUCGUCGCCGAUGAUGAAGCGGGCGUUCUCGAGGCUCGGCACCAUCACCGCCGGCUGGGGACGAAGCAUCAAGAAACACGGGAGCGGGAACACGCUGCAAACGGAGGAUCGGAAACGUUGGGCUAGCUCGCAGGAUUGCAGCAACAAAGAGGCGAAGGAGAAGGAGAAAGCAGCUCAACAGUUGGCGGUGCCGAGGCUCAGCGUGUGCGCCGAUGCGCAGAAAGUCGACAGAGCGAAGCUCGCGCAGACCGAGUUCGACAUCAUCGAGUUCGACCCGAAGACGUUCAAGAUCCUGCUGAACUACCUGCAGACGGGCUCCUGCCCGUUGACCUGCAGCAACAUCCCGGGUCUGAUCUGCGCGGCGGAGCACUACGACCUGCCGGAGCUUCUUCAGGCGUGUUUCCACCACGCGAAGCAGUUCCUGCGGAUCGAGAUCGUGUGCGUGAUGCUGUGCGCGUUGGAGAACUACUGUUGGCGAUACACGUCCGCUUCGGAGCUGGUGAACAUGAUCCUCGCGUUCAUCGAGACCAGGGCUUACCAGCUGUUCCAGAAUCCGGACUUCCUCACGCUGAGCGAGUCGAUGGUGCAGAUGAUCAUGGGCAGGGGGCUGGAGGUGGGCGAGAUCAAGAAGUUCGAGGCGAUGCUCGAGUGGGCGAAGAACAGGAUCAAGGACAGGAAGUCGAGCAAAGUGGACCCGAAGGUCGAGUUCAAGUGCAUCAUGGAGAGGCUGAGCAGAGACCUGAAAUUGCACAGGAUAACGCCCCAGGAGCUCAUCAGGGUGAGAGUUCGCCACAAUAUAAUUUCUGUGUCGUCGUCGUCGUCGUCAUCUUCCUUUUCUGUCGUUUUAGAUCGUUUUGCCGUCGAAGGCCAUCAGAAACGAGAAGAUCCUGGAAACGCUGAUGUACCAGGCGAACUCUGGAAUUUACAGGAACGUCGACAGCUACUUGGAAGCUUACCAGAAGAAGGUGCAGAAUCAGGAGAGCUUCGACUGCGGCAUGUAAGAGGCUGCAUCUGUUCGAUACAAUUGUAUCAACUUCCAAUCGGCUCUCUCUCCAGUAAG